CGGAAGCCGGCGAGGGCCGCGCUCCUUCGCCAAGGCGGGCGCGCGCGCGCUGUGAGGGAGCUUGUGAGGGAGCUGCCCGGCGGCGCCUGUCACGGCGGCGAGGCGCGUCUCUCUCUCUCUCUCUCUCCGACAGCCUCCGCCAUGGCCGGCUACGAGUACGUGAGCGCCGAGCAGCUGGCCGGCUUCGACAAGUACAAGUACAGUGCUGUGGACAGCAACCCCCUCUCCCUGUACGUCAUGCAUCCCUUCUGGAACACGGUGGUCAAGAUUUUCCCCAUGUGGCUGGCCCCAAACUUGAUAACGUUUAGUGGCUUCCUGCUCCUUGUCUUCAACUUCUUCCUCAUGGCAUACUGUGACCCUGACUUUUAUGCAUCUGCACCCGAUCAGCAGCACGUUCCGAACAAAGUCUGGGUCAUGGUGGGCCUCCUCAAUUUCAUGGCUUACACGCUAGAUGGCGUAGAUGGCAAGCAGGCCCGGCGCACGCAGUCCAGCACCCCUCUGGGAGAGCUCUUUGACCACGGCCUGGACAGCUGGGCCUGCAUGUUCUUCGUGGUGACGGUCUACUCCACCUUCGGCCGGGGGCCCAACGGCGUCAGCGUCUUCGUCCUCUACCUCCUCCUGUGGGUGGUCCUGUUCUCCUUCAUCCUCUCCCACUGGGAGAAGUACAACACGGGGGUUCUCUUCUUGCCCUGGGGGUACGACAUCAGCCAGGUGACCAUUUCCAUCGUGUACAUUGUGACGUCUAUAGUGGGAGUGGAGGCCUGGUACAACCCUUUCCUCUUCAAUUUCUUGUAUAGAGACCUAUUCACUGCAAUGAUCUUUGGUUGCGCGCUGACUGUGACCCUCCCCAUGAGCCUGCUGAACUACUACAAAGCCUACAGAAGCAACACCCUGAAGCACCACUCCUUCUACGAGGCGAUGCUGCCCUUCCUCUCGCCCGUCCUCCUCUUCAUCCUCUGCACCAUUUGGAUCUUCCACUCGCCCACGCAGAUCCUGGAGACCCAGCCCCGCCUCUUCUACUUCAUGGUCGGCACGGCCUUUGCCAACAUUUCCUGCCGCCUGAUCGUCUGCCAGAUGAGCAGCACCCGCUGCCAGCCUCUCAACUGGCUGCUCUUCCCGCUGGCCCUGGUCAUCUUCGUGGUGCUGACGGGCGUCUUGCCGGAGAGCGAAACCUUCCUCCUCUACCUGCUCACCACCUUCAUCACUGUGGCGCACAUCCAUUACGGAGUCGGCGUGGUGACCCAGCUGAGCAAGCACUUCAACAUCCGCCCCUUCUCGCUACGAAAACCCAGCUCCGAUUGACUAGACGUGGAGGCAGGAGAGAAGAAAUCCGGCCCACCGCCUGCAGGUGCUCUGUGAACGCAGCCCCCCCCCCAUGUAAAUACACUUCAGCCAUCACCACGGAACUAAAAUUUGACCCACUUUGGGUGGCAACGAAGCCUGGCAGCCUUGCAGAGGGAUGGACCCUUC